AUGUUCAUUGGGUACUCCACCACACGAAAGGGCUACAAGUGCUAUGACCCGGAGACUAAACGAGUUAUGGUCUCUCGUGAUGUGAAGUUUGUCGAAACUCAAGGGUACUACAACAGAAAGAAUUGGGAAGACCUUCAACAUUCCGAUGUGCCACCUACUCAGCAGCCUCAGUCAACUCCGGACUCUCCAAUGAACACCAACGACGAGUCUAUACUAGAAGAAGAGGUCACACCCGAGGAACUGGUCACACAAACCACAGAUAAUCAUGAUAAUGAAGACAUUAUUCCCCUCCGGCGAAACCAGCGUCUCAAGUUCCCCCCCCCAUCCAACUUGAAGAACACUCGCGUGUAUUACAACAACAUGGCCGUUGCACACCCGAUUUAA